AUGGUAAGUGGUAUUUUGGCGGGUAGGAAGAAGUCAGGACACGUCUUGGGGCCCGUCCUCCGGCUAAUGCUCACUGGCCAUCCUCUUUUCCUUCCAAUGGCCACCCCAAAUAAGUUUUCCAAAAGAAGAAAGAGACCUCGAAUUCGCUGGAUAAUUAGGGAUCAUUGGAUCAAUGCCGAAAUAAUCAAUUACAAACCAAAAUUACAUGCAGUGAAAUAA